GACCCAGGCCGCCCUGGGGCCAGGUAAUGAGGGCAGAUAGGUAUGGUGGGGAAACAGCUUGUAGGAACAGUUGGCAGUUCCUUUCUGCGUGGGGCUCUCACUUGCUGGUAGUAAAGGGUAAAGGGGGUCAAAUAAUAUGGUGAUGAAAGAUGAUUUGACUUUGGGCGGUGAGCAGACAAUACAAUAUGAAGAUCAUGUAUUAUAGAAAUGUACACUUGAAACCUAGAUAAUCUUACUAGCCAAUGUCAUCCCCAUAAACUUCAUAAAAGUAAACAAAGAUAGUAUCAGUCCUACAUGUACAUGACCCAGGAUGGCCUGCACUGUGGAACCGUUGGCAAAGAAUAUCUUUAAAGGAGUUUUAGUAGCUGAAUUUGUAGGUAUUUUGGGAGUAUAUAUCUUGUUUAAUAAGAUGAACAUAAGCCAAGAUUUCAGACAAACAAUGAGCAAGAAAUCUCCCUUCAUCUUGGAAGUUCAUUACCAGUCUAUUCGGACCUCUGGACUGUAUGGGAUCAGAGAGCAAGAUCAGGAAAAAUACUUGAAGAGUAAAAGUUAGGAAUAUGGCCACCAAUCAAGGUUUACCCUAUUACAUGGUAUUGGGCAAGAUUAAAAUGCCUAAGUGGACAUGGGUGGGUUUUGGAAUAUUUAAGGCAAAAUGUAAAUUCUAAUUAAGCCAGACGUUUUACUCUUUGAAUUAACUGUGAAGAAAUUGGUGGAAGGUAUGCUUAUUAAGUUAUA